UCCCCGAAGAGCCGCCUCCCGAGCUCCCGCCUCGACACACCCACACUGCCGUGCGCGCGUGCCCGUGCGCGAGCGCUCUCAGCCCCGCGCAACGCCUCCGUCCGCUUCCCUCGAGCAGCGCGAGCGAGGCGCAGCCAGAGAAAAGGCUCUAGAGCGGGGCGGGCGCGAUCGGCGCCGUCGGGGCCCCCGCUCGGCUGGAGAGCGCAGCCGGGCAGUGCGCACGCACUCCCCCCCCGCCCCUCUCCCUCCCCGCCCUGCCACCCGAUCUCUGCCAUCUGAUCUCUCGCCUCCGACAGCAGGCUCGCGCCCGCCGGGGCCCAGCGCGCCCCCGCGAGGAAGCCUCCUCCCUCCCGCCUCCUCCUCCUGCUCCUCCUAGCCGAAGCGGCGGCUGCAGCAGCUGCGCUCCCCUCCGCGCGGCCUCGACCAUGUGGCCAUGCCUCCCGCUCUCCCCGCCGCUGCUGCCGCUGCUGCUGGGCGCGCUCUCCCUGCUGCCCCUGGGCCGCCUCUGCCCGGCGGGCUGCAGCUGCCUCGACUCGCACACCAUCGACUGCCGGGCGCGGGGGCUGCCCAGCGUGCCGGCCGCCUUCCCGCUGGACGUGCGGAGGUUGCUGCUGGCCGACAACCGCAUCCAGGCCCUGCCGGCGGACUUCUUCCUCUUCUACGGCGACCUGGUCUACCUGGACGUCAGCAACAACUCCAUCGCCCGCCUGGAGGGCGGCACCUUCGGCAGCUCCAGCAAGCUGGUCUUCCUCGACCUGAGCUACAACAACCUGACGCAGCUGGACGGCGGCGUCUUCCGGGCGGCCGAGCGCCUCAUCAAGCUCAGCCUGGGCAACAACCGCCUGGCGCAGGUGGACGAGGCGGCCUUCCAGAGCCUGGAGCAGCUGCAGGUGCUGGAGCUGCAGGACAACAGCCUGCAGGCGCUCAGCGUGGCCGCCUUCGAGGGGCUGCCCAGCCUGCGCGCCGUCCGCCUGGAGGGCAACCCGUGGCGCUGCGAUUGCGACUUCGCCGCCCUCUUCCGCUGGCUGGAGGAGAACGAAGCCAAGCUCCUGAGAGGUCUCGAUGAAAUCCAGUGCACUGUCCCUGUGGAGGACAGAAAAAUCUUCCUCAGUGAAUUAUCAGAGGACAGCUUCAGGGACUGCAAAUUUAGCUUGUCACUCAGAGACCUUAUUAUCAUCAUCUUCUCUGGGGUUGCGGUCUCUAUUGCUGCGAUUGUCUCAAGCUUCGUUUUGGCUCUGAUUGUUAACUGCUUCCAAAGAUGUGCCCCAAGUAAAGACGAUGAUGAAGAUGAAGAUGAAGAUGACUGAAGCCCCUUCCAUUUAGAGAUCAGCAGGUCAGUCGCUGAUGCUCCCAAGAAAGGGGGGAAAGGACAACCACAUGUCUAAGGGCUGAAGAUCCCUUCCUGAUGUUCAGUGGGAUUUCUCCGUGGGUACCGGAGGGAAAUAGAAAAAGGUGUGUGGGGAAAAAUGUAACCGUACCUGAUUAGAACCCUUGAUGCAAUCCACUGUUCAUCACAGAAGAAGGGAAGAACUUACAGAGGCAGAUUCAGAUACAUCUGCACCAGGUUACAGACCCGGCAUCUUCAUGCACUGGAACGCAACCUUCCUCUUGACCUCAGCAUCCCUGCUACUGUAGCUUUUCUGGUUCGUCCACCGCUGCUUCAGAUUCUCCAGAUUCUUAUAAAUGCAUCAUACUUUGGUGUCUGAAGAUGGAUAUGCUGAUCCCACAGAAUCACAGUUCACAAGGUCAUGCAACUGGCAUCAGUACACACAAUCUCACCCCCACACCACCACCUGACCUCCAAGUUUUGGAAUAGACCAGAACAGAAAGCCCCUCUGAACGUGUGAUUAUCUUAGAGGAGUGGCACAGUUGCUACUGCCACGUCUCUCCAUCCUCUUCCACCCUAGGAAGAACAGAAUGCAGACGAUCGCAUGAAAGGAGCCGUUAUAUCAUGGCUUCAAUACUUUGGCCCUCCAGUAGGUGGACCACAGCUCCCAUCAUUUCCAGACACCUAGUGGCCAAUACAACUUCUACUACUACUACAACGACUACUACUACAGGCAAACCUCGUUAUACGUGGACUCUGUGUCCGCGGUUUCACGUAUUCAUGGGUGUCUAAUAGACACCCGGUUUCAUAUCACAUAUCCGCAGUUCCUAGAACGCCGGGAGUGACUGUGGAGGUAACUUCCGGCUGCUAUUUUGUCAGGAGGAGCCCAGCGGGAGUCAGGAGGAACCAUUUUAUUUAUUUUAUUCAUUUAUUUAUCAUAUUUCUAUGCCGCCUGCUAUGUACAUCUCUAGGCGGUGUACAACAUUGAAAAUAUUUAAAAGUUGCAAAUGAAAAUGCAUGACGCUGAAAACAAUAGAAUAAAAUAGAUAUUAGAACAAGUUUUAAAAAUAUUAAAAUUAAUUCUAAUGAAAAGCCUGCGGAAACAGGAGAGUCUUGAGGUUCUUCCUGAAAACAAACGGAGAAGGAGAUGCUCUCAUAGGGAGCAUUUUGUGGCUCAUUGCUUUAAAAAUAAAUAAAUGAAUAAAAUUCCAGCGAUUUUUGGCAGUUGGGGGGGCAUUCCGUGGAUUGCAGGGCAUUCCAGAGCAUGGUAUAGUAAAUAAUUUUAAUUAUUUUCACCUUUUUUUUUUUGCUCGUUUUUUCACACACGCGCGCACACACACACACCCUUUUUGGUCCAUUCUGGAUCCUAAACCCCCUUUCCCCGUAGGCAUAAUGCCACAUUACUUGUGGUUUUGUUUCUCGUGGUAGUAGGCGAGGAAUGGAACCCCCACAAAUAACAAGGUCUGCCUGUACACCAACACUAAUACAAAUAUUUAUAUACCACUUUUCAACAAAAGUUUCCAAAGUGGUUUACAUAGAAAUAAAUAAAUAAAUAAAUAGAAUGGCUCCCCGUAGCCAGUAUAAGAUAAGACACCAGCAACAGCCUCUGGACGGUUGAUGUACUGGGGAUGGAUAGGGCCAUUUGCUCUCCCCCUGCCAAAUAAAGAGAAUCACCACUUUUAAAAGGCGCCUCUUUGCCCGGUUAGCAGGGGUUGUACCAUGAAUAGGUUAUAAGUUUAUUGGGUCAUUGACCAGCAAACAUUUACAAUAAACCAGUACAUAUUUUACAAAUAAUAUAACAAAACUUGGCCAUAACAGAAAUAAUAUCAGUGUCCUCAUUAAUUAAAAGAUAAUUUAAAUAAAAUUCAUCAGACCGGCCAGGCAAAUUGUCUAACAUAGGAGAUAAAAGUCUUAAACGGGGUUCCCUAUAAAAAUCACAAUAAAGAAUAACGUGCGAGGUGGAUUCUAUAACCCCUUUGCCACAUGGGCAAAGACGUAAAAAUAGCGGAACUCCCUUGAACCUGCCAUCCAAUACUGCUGUAGGAAGAACAUUUAAACGUGCUAAAGUGAGGGCUCAUCUAAAUUUAGGGACAAGCACCACAUCAAAAUAUUUAGCUGGUUUAAGAUUAAUAGCUCGACUCCCUAAGUAUAAACCCUGCUUGAGCCAUGCACCUUCUUGUUGAACUUCUAUAUCCAGGACACGUUGCUUAACUAACUUCCUGGCUUGCUCAAUUCCUACAGUAUGCAAAUCCUCUAUGGAGAGGUACCAUGAAUAUUUAUAUACCAUUUUUCAACAAAAGUUCCCAAAGUGGUUUACAGAGAUAGAUAAAAUGGCUCCCUGUCCCCAAAGGGCUCACAAUCUGGGAUAGACAGGGAUGAUGGGAGUUGUAGUCCAACAUCUGCAGGAGGGUUGCAGUCCCCUUUCUCCUUUAUAUGGCUGCUUCCUAUCAGGGGCAUUGCUAGCUCUGUUUGGAAAUGUGAUACUGGUGCCUGGUGUAAAUUACCCAACCAAGGAAUAAACACAGGGAAAAUCCCUGACUUAUAAUGCUAGGUACUGAAAAGAUCUGGGGCCCUGGCUCAUGCCAAGGUCCCCUCCCCACCAUUUUGGUAAUUAACCCUUUUCAUACUCUAAAGGAAUGCAACACUCCUUUCCGGUUUUUGAAGCUAUCACUCACCCAUACACUCACCAAUGUCAGGUAGUGCAGAGGAGAAGGACACAGAAGAAUGGGAAGCAACAGAAACAGCCCCCCAAAGUGACGGAUGUUACCUGCUUUGUUCCGAAGCUUGUGCUAGUAUUGGAACCAAAUCAAACUCGUUCAAAAUGGGUGGACCUUUGAGAUACUCCUUGUUGAGCUCUUCUCCUUGGGAACCAAAGUUGAGUUUUGAUUGGCCGUUGUACACAAAGUGUAUUGCCCACCUUCCCAACAGGAGUGGACAAGGCAUCCUCAAGAAGGGCUAUUUUUAAAAAUUAUCCCUCCUCUGCAUUUCGCCGCAGAUUUUGGUAUCCUGAAAAAUCUGGUCUUCUCCCUUCUGCCAGGCGUAUUCUAGGUGGCCUCCUGCAACCCACGGCAGCUCAACAUCAGGCUAACAAUACGGGGCUAACAAAACAGGCUUCCCUUCCAGAUGUGUUAUGAGGAUCGUCCCCUCCAACAUUUCACAGAUGGAAAUAGGGACAUCUCAUAUUCAAGCUCCUGCCUCACUCCAUAAUGUGCUGCUUUUGGCUUCUCUGCCUGUUCAAGCAGUAUUAUUUUACUCGCCCACAACCUCUCCUGAGUUGUUUUGAAAACAAUAAUAUUUCCUUUUAGUUAAUGUUCUAGGGACGCAUGAUGCUCCUACAGCAUUGAAAAUGAGUUUCAGUGGUGUGUAGAAUACCAGGCAUGAUGCUGGAAUGAUCGCACAUGUACUUUUUCAUGUAUCUGUGUAUACAUACAUGUAUACAUCAAGCCCAGCGUAGAGGUUUAAGGUCUGUAGACCUGAGUUAGAAGGCAAUCGCCUAAAAAAAUGUGGAAACACUAGUCGCAUUUUAAAAAGGCAUCCCAAGAGGCAAAAAUAGGGACAGCACUGGGACAGGAAUUUACCGAGGACAGGAACCACCACUGGUGCAGUGAGAGAGCAGCCUAACAGAACUUCCCAACUAACUGCACCGAGGGAGUGGCAAUUUUUGCUGCCCUCCCAUUCCCCAGGAAGCCCUCUGUGCCACCUGAAACAUGUCCCUUGGGGUCACACAGCCUUCGGGGACAUCUUUUCAAGUGACACAGAGGGUUUCCUGGAGAAGAGGAGGCUGUUGAAAUCCACCCUGCCCCACACAUACCCUAGCACUGGUGCAACAUUAGUUUGGGACUCUUCGGAAGCAUGAGUGCUUGGUUAGGUUUUCAGCCAGUGGGCCUGUGUUUGUGGAAUGAAGGAUUACUCUACACAUGAUUACUCUACACAUGAAGGAUUACUCUAAAUUUUUGUGUCUGAAGCACUUAAACAAGUCCAUACACAGUUGCAUGUGUAUAUGUACACACACACACAUUCUACAUGUAAACUAUGCUUAUAGGAUUGGGGAUGUUUCUUCCACAAUAUUGUUCCAAGAGACGCUAAAGACCAACUGACCCCUUUGACAGUGAACUUUGCAGGAGAGAAUGGCCAAAUGUUUAAAACCCUGACAGCUGCUCUUAAACAAAUAUAUAAGAAUUAGAUGCUUUGUUUGCUCUUGCAUACUGUGGAUAUAAAUGCUGAGUAGCCCCAGAGGUUAACAUGCUUAGCUUUGACAUUUCGGCUCUGCUUUAUCCUAGAACUGCCCUUGAAAAAGAAGAGAUGCGCUGAAACCGUGACUGUUCUGUCACACCAAGUCCUAUCACACCAAGUCCAAGAAAACACAAUUAAAUUGUCCAUAUUAAUCUCACUGGAAUGAAAAAUUAAGCAUAUGGUCCCUCCGCCCACUCCUCCUUCCCUUCCUGAAAUCCUACAUGAGCUCCUCUCUCUCCAAUUGCUGUCCAUUUUUAAGCAGAGACAUAAUAUAAUCAGUUCAUGGAAUGACAUUGCCACAGGGGUAUAUCAUCAGAUUGAUAGGCUGAGUUCACACAUAGUGGGAAACCUGAGGUCCCCCCAGCCCAAAACUUAGAGGAAACCUUAAUCUGGCACUGCAGGCAAUCACAUAUCUCGGUUUAUUGAAGCAGCCAAGUUGAGCUUCCUGUCCGGGCGUCCCAGCAAGGCCCCGAUGAUCUCCCGGCCUUCUUUGUCCGUCCACUAGCAAGCCUGCCCUACACCAUCUGCUUUGUAGCCACCUGUGUUUUGUGUGAACCAACCUAUAGAUUGGGGACUAUGGUAGAGGAACAGGAUUACUUCGAUCCACAAUCUGGUGAUGAGUCCUCCAUGCAAUACCGUAAACAUUUUGGUCUUCGUCACGUUCACGUUCCUAAAGUGAAAAAGCUGUGAAAUAGCCCAAUUCUAUGCUAGGGAUCAUUAGGAAGGGGACUGAAAAUAAAACUGCUAAUAUUAGAAUGCAAAACUAUGAUGCAGCCACACCUGGAGUACUGCGUACAAUUCUGGUCACCACAUCUAAAAAAGGACAUUGUAGAACUGGGAAAGGUGCAGAAGAGGUCGACCAAGAUGAUCAAGGGCCUAGAGCACCUUUCUUAUGAGGCAAGGCUACAACACCUGGGGCUAUUUAGUUCAGAAAAAAGAUGACUGUGGGGAGACAUGAUAGGGGUCUAUAAAAUCAUGCAUGGUGUGGAGAAAGUGGAGAGAGUGAAAUUCUUCUCUCUCUCUCUUAUAACACUAGAACCAGGGGUCAUCCCAUGAAAUUGAUUGCCAGGAAAUUUAGGACCAGCAAACCGAAGUACUUUUUCCACACAACGCAUAAUCAACUUGUGGCAUUCUCUUCCACAAGAUGUGACAGCCAACAACCUGGAUGGUUUGAAGAGGGGUUUGGAUAACUUCAUGGAGGAGAGAUCUAUCGAGGGCUACUAGUCGGAGGGCUAAAGGCCACCUCCAGCCUCAGAGGCAGGAUGCCUCUGAGUACCAGUUGCAGGGGAGUCACAGCAGGAGAGAGGGCAUGCCCUCAACUCCUGCCUGUGGGCUCACCAGAGGCAUCUGGUGGGCUACUGUGUGAAACAGGAUGCUGGACUAGAUGGGCUUCCUUGGGCCUGAUCCAGCAAGGCUGUUCUUAUGUUCUUACAUUCUUUGCAAGAAGUGAGAUCAGCCACACUUGCUUGUAUGAGGUCACCUUUAAGUUUUAAAGUUAGAAUGGUGUUGGAAUUUGAUUUGGUUGGUGCUGAGAUGUAACUAAAGAGGUUGCCAGAGGUCCCAGGCAGAUUUUAAAAAAUAGCAAGCAAACAGCCACUACAUAUUGGCUGUAGAUCUGAACAACAGUGUGAGAUAUUGUGGAAUACACAUGCCUCAAUUUCCUUGCUCAAGUGCCCUGAUCUGAUAAAGUAAAUGGGUCAAUAGAUUCUGGAUUUGAGGGGCGGGGGGGGGAUGGUCUGUUGAGUCAACUCAGGGGUGUUAAAGUAAACACCCUAGUAAUACCAAAGGGCUCCAUUCUUGGAAGUGCUUAUGGGCUGCCUUCUGCUCACUUUUAUGCAAAGGGGUGUGUGUGUGUGUGUGUGUGUGUGUGUGUGUGUGUGUGUGUGUGUGUGUGUGUUAAAUUCUCAUUUACGGGUUAUGGAUGAGAGCAGAAUGUCACUCAUUUUGGAAUCCACUAACAGCAGUUUCUUGUUCAGCUCUUUCCUCGAUGAAAUGGCAUUGCUCUGGAGCAAGCCAGAACCCAAAGGGCACAAACAUCACUGCAAAAUUAGGACUGCUCUUUUUGUAUGCAUGUCUUCCUUGUUGGCCAGUAAGGAAGUAAGAAAAGAAAGUGGAGCUCAGAUUCACAGCUUCUGCUCUCCUCUCCUGGCAGUAGAAAGACUGAGCAAAGCUUCUGUUGUACCUCUCGGGAUUCUGAAAGGAGGUUCACUGAACUGGACUCAGCUUCGCCCAUGCAAGAGGCCGGAGAUCUUUGGUCAGAAGAAUAAAACAAAAAAGAAAAACAGAUUUUAAUAGCAGAAGUUUUUUGUUUUUUGUUUUAAUUCAGAAAAGUCUGUGACGAGGAUAGGUAUAUUUUUUAAAAAAUGAAAAUAUAUUUUAGGAAAAGAUAAUAAUUUUAAAACAAGCAAAAAUCUGUAGCUUAAAAGAAUAACUAGCCAAAACAAAACAAAAACCCCAAACUCCACAAGGCAAUAUGUUUAGAAGAAUCAGAGCAGAAGUCAAAAUUAGCAUCAAUUUAUUGUAAAUGCUGCUGUUUCUAUCUCUCAAUUUUGUACUAUAUUUGUUGACAUUUGGCUUCCCUGCUUAUUAUUCUUCUGAUAAGUUCUAUAUGUUCUCAACUGGACACGAGUGCUAAUAUCGGAAGGUAGCAUUUUAAUUUGUGGGUUUUUUAAAAAGAAAAUACAAGCACUGGGCUACGUCUUGCUGAGAAGCCAUGUUCUGUAGCCUAGAGGCUUUGGCUUUCAAACACUGUUGGGCACUCUUUACACAUGCUCAGGGGUACCCUAUUCUUUAAAACUUACUUCCAGGUUCCCGGGAUGAGGCUUGGCAUUGAAAAUAUGACUCAAACGCAGGACUAAAUGGCUGACAUCCAGACUCACACUGCAGUUGUGCAAAGUUUUUGUAAGGAUGUUGUGCGUAGUUCCACGAUGCUGGAAGCUCGCCUUUGAGACUAGUGAUGUGCAAGCACAAUGCUACUACCUAACACAAGGACACAGCGCAAGGAUGUGCAUAACCAAAAUAAUGUCUCUCCCCGACUAGUCCUUAUGUUAGUGGAAGAAGAUGAGAGGUUGCACAAUACAUUACAUUACAGAGGGCACAGCGUUGUAGUGCAACCUUGUAUGUGUUCCUGAGAAGUGUUUUCAUGAGCCCAACUCUGAGCAUCUGUGCAGAUAUGUGUGACCUUGUGUGUGUGCAACUUAGUGCAUUGUGCCAGCACAGCGUUAGUCUGGAUGUCUGCCGGUAUCUUUCCCCCUUUCAACAUCACCAACGUGCAUAUUGAUAAACCGUGACGUUAUUUUAUGUACAAUUGCAUCAAGAUUCCCCCCGCUGCUGUUAUACAAGAGUAUGACAGCUUUGCUUUAAAUGAGCAUGAGAUCAUCUCCAUGGAGUUCUUUCUGAUUUGUCUUCCGUUUUCAAUGCCAUCCUCUCUUUCCAGUUUGUUUAGCCAAAUGUACCAAGAUCCACUUGCUCAUAAUCUUAUUCCCUGUUGCUGGGAAUCUGGAUGAUGUGGGAUGGUGAGAGGUGGAGAAGGAUAUCCUGGGUCACUUUAGGCCCUAGUUCUUUUUCUCCCAAACAGAAACUAUUUUUCACAAUGUAGUGCCAUGGUUACAAAGAUUAAAAGAAUAUAUUUCUAAUUA